GGCCGCCGUCCUACUGCGGUCACGUGCAGAGCUCGGCUUUCCCCCAACCUGGGAAACAUGGCGGCGCCCACAGGCUUGGCCUCUGCCCUCCUCCGCCUCCGUCUUGGGGCCGCGCCGCGCGUACCCGCCUGCCGUUCUCUCUCUGGCCCCGGGAGCUUCCAGCCGCCCCCCAAGCCCGUCAUUGUGGACAAGAGACAGGAGGCGGAGCAGCAGCGCAGGUUCCUGAGCCCCGAGUUCAUCCCUCCCCGGGGGCGGACCGACCCGCUCAAGUUCCAGCUGGAACGCCAGGACAUGCUGCAGCGGCGCCAGGUCCUGCCCAUCCCCGAGUUCUACGUGGGAAGCAUUCUCGCCGUCACCUCCUCGGACCCAUACGCCAAGGGCAAAACCAGCCGCUUUCUGGGCAUCUGUAUCCAGCGCUCGGGGAAAGGGCUCGGGGCCACCUUCGUGCUGCGCAACACCAUCGAGGGCCAAGGCAUCGAGAUCUGCUUUGACCUGUACAGCCCGAGGAUCCAGGAAAUCCAGGUGGUCAAGCUGGAGAAGCGCCUGGAUGACAGCCUCAUGUACCUGCGGGAUGCCCUUCCCGAGUACAGCACCUUCGACCUGGAUAUGAAGCCUGUGGCGCUGGCCCCUGGCCAGGAAGUCCCCAUGAAUGAGCUCAAAGUCAAGAUGAAGCCCAAGCCAUGGUCCAAGCGCUGGGAGCGCCCCAAGUUCAACAUCAAGGGCAUCAGGUUCGACCUGUGCCUGACGGAGGAGCAGAUGAAGGAAGCCCAGAAGUGGAGCCAGCCUUGGCUGGAGUUUGACAUGAUGAGAGAGUACAACACAUCCGAGAUGGAGGCCAAGAUACGGGAGGAGAUCGAGGCAUUCCGGAGGGGCUGAGGCCUUGUUCUCACCCAGGAAGCAGCCUGGGGGCAGCUCCGUCCAGCGGGUCCCCUACACAGAAAGCUCAGCCUCCUCCCAACCCUCCCUGGCCAGGGCCAGGGGUCUCAGGAGCACGCGUGUCCUCCUCAGAGGCAUCUGGGAAAGUGAGGACCCAGCCUGGGCACUCAUGCACCCAACACACUAACUGACACCCCCUACUCCCAGAUGAACCUGUGGCACGUGCACACAUGAUGCAGUACAAUAAAUGUUUAUUAAGCA